AUGGAUGUGAUAACGAGGAGUGGGCGGGGCCUAAACGAGUGGGGGUGGCUAGGCCACGCCCCCUCGCCACGCCUGCACUCAGUCAUGCACGGUCUGGACUACGAGCCGUACCUCCCGGGCACCGAGAACUCCAGGAGGUUCUCUGUGACGUCUCUCCUUCAGCUAGACCAUCACGAGACAGAUGAAGAGGAGUGCGAUGCAGAGGAGAGAAGAAAAGGAGGGAAGCCAAGGAGGGUGAGGACAACCUUCAGUUCCAGCCAGCUGGAGGCGCUGGAGAAGGUCUUCGAGAGGACCCACUACCCGGACGCCUUCGUGAGGGAGGAGUUGGCACGAAGAGUGGGUCUUUCGGAGGCCAGAGUACAGGUUUGGUUUCAAAACAGAAGAGCCAAAUUCCGGCGGAACGAGAGAAGUAUGAGGGGCACUGAUAGCACGCCAGCUGAGCAGCCCCUCGCACCAAGGCCUGGAGUUACAAAUUGGCAGAGCUGUCAACAAUACCCAAUGGUCCAUCAGCAUCCAAACCCACCACCGCCUUGUGCCUUCAUACCCCCAGGCCUGCCAACAUACACCACACCGAGACUGGCGCCUCCACCACCACCUUGCAGCUUACCCUCCAAUGUUGCCAACUUCCGCUUCAGGCCGCAUGAAUAUUAUUCACCCCACAUAUAAUAAUUUAUAAUUUGUUGCCAAUAAUGUAAAUAGUUAUCAUCAACCACUUAUUAUAACCUCUAGGAGUAAGUUUGUUGCAAUGUAAAAAUAAUUAGUUUUGUUUGUAUUCUAGUCUAGAGAGAAACCUGUGUUCUAGAAUGUAAAUUAUUAGUUAUAUGUUAUAUGAGUGCAAGGGUGGACUUUGUGAGGUAAUUUUACUAAAGUAUAUUUUAUGUAGUUAUUCUACGGUUUAUAUAGAUAGAUGAACUUUUACUGCUAGCUAUAAUUUAUAUUUUACAACCUGAUCCUAUGUUAUGAAGGAAAAUAUGUAUUUAGACAUACAAUUAUCAAUAAUUUAAUUAUAAAUUAAUGAAACUAUCAAUCUGUAUAUAUUUAUUUUAAUAAAAAAUAUAAAUUCACAUCUAUAAGCUUCAUUGAAUGACUGAUAUCUAUCCUUAAUGUUUAUCAAUUUGUUAAAUUAUAUUUGGGAAUGAGUUAUCAUAUCCAAAAAUGAGUUAUGACAGCUGAUUGAUAGAAAAACUAAAAUUGAUAAUA